AUGUCAGUCAAGGCAGGGCUGAGUGCUGUGUCUUCAUACUCUGGACCCCCGUACUACUUUGUCUACGAGCUGAAGAACAUGACGGAAGCAAAACGUUACUGCAGAGAGAAGUACACUGACCUGUCCACUGUGUCCAACAUGGAGGACGUGAAGACCCUCAACAACAUGGCAGAUUUAAGCAAAAUGGUCUACCCAGAAUACCCAACGUACCACAACUAUCGAGCCUGGAUAGGACUGUACGAUGACGUGAACAGCUGGCGCUGGUCCCUGACCGACACCGGUUUCUACCAACCCGGGGAGACGGAGUUCAGACGAUGGUGGACUGGGGAACCCAAUAAUUAUAAGAGUAAAGAACACUGCACACAGAUGGGUUUUGAUGGGCUGUGGAACGACGUCAGCUGUGAAAACUCCCUGAAGGCAGUCUGCGUACAUGUCACAGGGCCAAAUGUGACUUUUAUACUCACUGACAUCUCCAUGACGUGGCCUGCGGCCCAGAGCUACUGCAGGCAGCGGUACACGGACCUGGCCAGCGUGAGGAACAGCAGAGAGAACCAGAAGGUGCAGGAGCUGAUACCCACUAACGGAUCGGUCUUCAUCGGCCUUUUCAGAGACACCUGGAAGUGGUCGGACGGCAGUGCUUCCUCAUUCAGGUACUGGAAUCUCAACGAUAAGGAACCCAACAACAACGACCAGAGGGAGGCCUGUGUGGCUGCAGACUUUAGUCGACUCGGACAAUGGGAAGACUGGAACUGUGACUUCAAGAGAGCAUUCGUUUGCUUUGGUCCAAGGCCUGCUUCAAAGCGAGUGAUACGACUGAGGUUGAAGAAGAAGAACUCCUCCCUGGACGUGAACGACCCGGCCGUCAUGGAGGCCAUGUUGAAGCAGCUCCAACAGAAGCUGGGGGCCCGGGGCCUGGACAUCAAACUGAGCUGGAGGAAGCAGGCCGAUGGACAGGUCUUCCACAAGGAGGAGGAGGAGGAUGAGCUGCACUGAUCGUCUAUUUUCAUCAGAGAAAC